UACAUACUCCUGGACUGUAUGCCUAUCGUUAGCACCAAGCACCAACUCACAGACAAUGUCGCCACUGUCAGGGCUCCUUUUACUUUCAGCUGUAGCUGUGGUCUGCCUGGGAUGGUCAUUAGAAGCUCUACACCCAACUCCCCUGUGUGUCGCUAAUGCUAGAUACGAUCCAUUCUCCAAAAGAUGCAAGUGUAAACCUGGAUUUAAAGGCAGUUCAAGAUUGUGCUGUGGUCCAGAAAACGAAGGAGUUUGCCGCUUGGUGAGUGACCCAAUCUUAAACACUGCCCAUGACUUUAUCUCUGAAAUCAGCUACCCGUGUACAACAAGUAUCGCAGUCAUCAAAAAUAACGAUGGAGGCAGGGAUUGCAGUGUGAGAAUCACUGUGGCUGGACCCUACAGGGAUGACGGAGCUCUAUUUUAUAACAGUGCCAUUCUCCAUUUGACUGUCGAUGGGAAGACCAGAGUUGCUGAACUCAUUGAUCAUAAAAGAAUCCUGUUUCCAAAGGAAAACAGGAAUCAGACUUUAACAGAAAAGACGGAAAACACCAUUGACGUUGAUAACUACAAGUUCAGUGUCAACGUAGACGAUCUGGAUACAUACAAAGUAACUGGAUGUGGAGGAUACUUGGUCUACAGACCACCAAACCCUGCAGUUCAGUCGCAAGAGUCAAGCCCACCAGGUAUCUGUGUUGUCGCCCCUCAAAGAAUCAUCGCCGAGAGUCUCAGCGAGGGAGAAGUCUGUAACCUUGAGCCGUCCUUCCAGCCCGCACCUUACGCAACCAAGGAGCAGGCUAUACUGGCCAGUAUGAUUCUUGGCUAUCCCGCUAUUGUGGACAGAUACAAUCACGACCCCCCAGGUUACGGCGAUAGAUGCAAAAGCGUAUCCGAUAACUUUGCAGAAUGCAGAAGUGAAACCGACAAGACCAAGGCCAUCCGGAACUGUGGCAACAUUUUGUUGUUUUUCAAGAAUAGACACUGUCUGAACAAGUCCAGGAACCAGAUCUUCGAACUCUUCGAUGACUGUAUCAAGGCCACAUGCAGCAAUAACCAAGCGGCUUGCACACGUCUUCAAGGAAACCCAGAUAUUCAAAGAUGUCUGCCUAAUCAGAUUGCAUGUGGUACUUCCCCCUAAUAAGCCUCAACUGUUAGAGAAAUGAAGACUGACCACGUACUCAUGGACACGGAUUCUUCCACGUCGAUCUAUUUCUUCGUAGUUGCUUUUUUUUUAAAAAAUUAAACCAAUGAUUUCUUGAGAAAAGAAAGAACAAUUAUUUCAUUGCUUUUUAAUUAUCAGAUAAUGGCAUUGAAUAAUAAUAAUAAUAAAUGGAAUUAAAAACA